GUAUCUCUGAAGGUGCCAGAGCCGGAGCAUCCACGGCGCGUCAGAAAAGAGUACACUAGUUCAGACACAGAAUCCGGGAAGCCUCAUCACAAGCACAUCAAUGCCAAUCAGCUGCUACAUGCCUUGAGCAGUGAGGAUGACGUUCGGCUGGGUGCCUACAUGGUUGCUGCCUAUGACGAUGACGAUGACCUUGACGUUCUCAUGAAGCCUCAGGAGACGGAAUCCGAGCAUCGGGCUCGUCUGAGCAAGAUGACGAGGCUGGAGAGGAUAGCAGACUGGUUCGAGUCGGCUCAGUAUGAGAUGCUGAUCGCCGCCGUGCUCUGCUUCAAUGUCCUCUGGAUGGCCCUAGAGGCGCAGGUGGACGGCUACCGUUCCGGCCACACCAUCGGUGUCUUUGAGACCGUGGUGGUGUCUGAUGCAACCUGGGCAGUGUGGGAGAUCGUGUUCGCGAUCGGCGACAUCACCUUCACAGCCUUCUUUGUGCUGGAUGUUCUCGUGCGGAUAGCGAUUUUACGAUGCAAGUUCUGGAAGGUGCCAAUGAACUACAUUGAUGUGGCCGUGUCUGGGACAUCACUCUUGGAGAUAGUCCUUUUCUAUGCCUUGAGUGCGAAUUUGGCGGUAAAUCCGAUCCUUUUCCGCCUGUUGCGCAUCGGGAAAUUGGCUAGAGCAAUUCGCAUGAUUACCAUGAACAGCGUGCUGGCUUCCUUGCAUCUGCUCAUACGCUGCUUGGCAGCCAGCACGAACAUCUUGUUCUGGACAUUUUGCUUGAUCGCCUUCUUUCAAUGCGUUUCGGGAAUGGUUGCUAACACACUUUGCCGGGACUUCAUCAACGACGAGAACCAGUCGCUACAAGUGCGUGAAGAUGUGUUUCGAUACUACGGAACGUUCAGUCGGACGUUUCUGUCAAUGUUUGAGCUGCUAUUUGCGAACUGGAGCCCGCCGUGCCGAGUGCUGGUCGAGAACAUCAGCGAGUGGUUUUCCGUCUAUUUCCUUCUGUACAGGUGUGUUCUUGGAUACGCAGUGCUCAAUGUGGUUUCUGCGGUCUUCGUACAGCAGACAAUGAAAACGGCCAGCUCCGACGAAGAGCUCGCAUUCAAGCAGAAGGAGCGGGCAGCUCGGGCAACACCGUGA